CAAACUUGAUCCCAGUUUCCAAAAUGUCGGCAACAGCCGCCAUUCCCGGCGGAAAAUCCUUCUCGCCGCCGUCAGGUUACAACCUCGAGUUCCGCUCUCUCGCUGACGAUGCGUGGUACGCCGCCCGCGCCAUCCUCAGUGGCAAGAAGCUCGCGGUGAAGUACGACGACCUGGACUUCGUCUUCGAGCCGCAUAGGUUUUCCGAUCUCGACGAACUACGCGACUACGAAUCUCGAUUCCGAUCCGUCUCCAGGCGACUCCAGGAUUCCGAGUGCAAGAAGCUCUGCAAGAAAAAGGCCGUCUGCGUCUCCCACUCCUUCCACGAAAACGACAACCGCUUUUACGACGCCACCGUCGACGAUGUUAUUGAGAGAGAGCAUUCGUUUUCCAGCGGAAAGGAAGUCUGCAAGUGUGUGUUUGCAGUUGUUUGGCAAAAGGGACCAUGGAACGGCUACGUAUGGCAUAAAAGCAUAGAGGACAUCCGCAUUGUUGAGUCUGGUUCAGAGCUUGAUCCUGAUGUAACCCGUUUCUUCAACAUGGCAAGAAAGGAGAUUGCUGCUUCCGGUUCUGCUUCUAAGGUAAGCUUCUUCUUCCCAAGGCAAAAAAUGGAGUUGACGAUCAUCAGCCCGCUAAUGGAACUCGGUCCGUGGAAGAAGAUGAUUGGGAAGAUGCUGAUUUCGGACGGCGCAAUGAUCGAUAUGCUCUUCUGGUUGACAAUCUGGAAAAGGACAUAUCUUCUUCUACAUUAAAGCAGUUUAUACACCAAGAAACUUCUCUCGGAGUUGAAGUUCAUGUUUCAUCAAGGCUCUUUCCUGAAACACUCAACAAGGCAGUCAUUGUGGUGGAAUCUGAGCAGCAGUUGGAUGAGCUAUACAAGUUUCUGGAUUGUCCAGCUCAAAUUGUUGUCACCCGGACAGGAAGGCCCUUGGUGGUCACAGAGAAAAAGUUUGAAUUCGAUACAUUGGCGAUGAUGCGAAUGGAGGGACUGAUUGAUAUGGGUCGCGGAAGCUACAUGCAGCAGGGUGGAGGUAUUGGGGUGAAACACGGAUUGAAGGUUGUGAGAAAGGGAUCAGUUGAGUUUGAAGAAGCUAAGGAAAUGAAAGAUUUGUUUGUGGAGUUUUCGCAUCAUCAGAGAGGUUUGUUGAAGAAACAAGUUGAGAAGGAGAAGGAGAUUAUGGAAGCAGGGAACGCUUGAAUGUCCAGUUGUGAUGCAGCUGUUGGAAAGUUUUGGAAAGUACUGGCAGGGAACUAGUUAUACUUUCGGGUUGAAGAGUUAGACCAGACGAACUCUGCCCUUUUUUUGUACAUCUUGAUGUAAAUGGGUGAUGUAUAAUUCUAAUUGGUGUUACUCUGAUAGCACGUAUGCGGAGUGCUGUUAAUAGUUUCUGCUAACUGCUAAUGAAACCAUGAAGACUCCAGUGCGUUUCAUGGAUAUUCAAGAAUUAGUAC